UUCCGUCAAAGUCAAACAUCCAUUCCAAAAUGUCUAAAUCCGCCCGCAUGGAUGGAAGGAAUUGCGGAAUAAUUUUCAAAGAUCAAGUUUUUAUUUCAUAAACUGCAGUAAAUAAUAAUUAAAGGCGAUUCCUAGUAAUAAAAGCGCAAUGUCUUCGCUACUCGAAGUUUUAGUGACAUGUGAUUCGAAUAACACCUUGUGGACUUGUAGUGUCUGGGAUCCACACACCGGCUGCAGUUUAAUGACAUACAAAGGUGGGGGUACAGCUGAAACUAGGACUUUGUCUUAUAUCGGUGAUGAUUACGUAGCGGCUGUUGAGAAAACUAAACCAGUAUUGCAUAUUUGGCCGUUGAAUUCUCACCAAACAGUUCAAGGAAUGCGCUUCAUCUUGCCAGGCAAGGCGAGUGCUUUGGCAGUCACUCGUGAUGGUUCCUACAUAGUAGCUGGCAUCGAUGAGAAAAUUUAUUUAUGGCAAAUAGCAUCUGGAAACUUGUUGACAAUAAUCAAUAGACAUUAUCAAAAAGUGGGCGUUAUUAAGUUUACACCAGAUGGAAGAUUUUUUGUGUCGGCGGCGGAAGACGGGAUGGUAAUGGUGUGGUCCUUAGCAACAGUUGCUGCUAACCCUGAAGUAGAACAUGUGUCUCAAGCGAAGGCUGGUCAACAUGACCCAGUGUAUAUUUUUUCAGACCAUUCUUUACCAAUUACAGAUUUAUGUAUUAGCAAAACUGGCAUGCAUGGAAGGCUGUUUACAGUAUCAAUUGACAGGACAUGCAAAAUCUAUGAUUUGUCAUCGGGAGAAUUGUUAUUGAAUUUAGUAUUUGAUAUACCACUGACUUCAGUUGUUUUAGAUGUGUUAGAGUUAAAUAUAUUUGUUGGUACAACUGAAGGGAAAAUACAUCAAUGUAGUCUAACAAAUCCUCCUCGCAGUAGAGAUAUGCUCUUGAACACAGAUAGUGAUUGUUCUACUUUUGCUGGUCAUAUAAAGGUAGUCACCUGUUUAUCAGUAUCUUUGGAUGGUGAAACAUUAAUGUCUGGGUCUAAUGAUGAGCAAGUUAUUCUGUGGCAUUUGCGGAGUAGACAACCAAUCAGAACUAUCCGCCAUAAAGGUCCCGUUACAAAUGCUUUCUUUGCCGUAAAUUAUCCUGCAAUGUUCCAAACAGUUUUCUCCCCUAGUGUUAUCUUACAUAGUCUUGAAAGGACUUUAGAAAAAGAUUCAGAUGAUGUUACGGAAAUAGAAGUGUUGACUAAGAAGAAAAUAUCUUUCUGGCCAGAUAUUCAACAAGAUGAGAUUUAUUCUAGUUAUCCAUCUAGAGAAAUAGAGGUUGAGUUCAAACAUAAGGAGUUGGCACUGAAAGAGGAAUUAGACAAUUUGAAGAAAGUAAAUGCUAGUUUGUAUUCAUUUUCAAUUCAAAGAGCAUUGAAUUCUAUCUCUGGUGGCAAUAAUCAAGGCAGUGAUCAAGGUUUGAAUAAAAAGAAGAAGAAAAAGUGAAGUGACAAUAAUAAAUAUUCUGUUUAUUGUA